CGAAUCCUUUGUUAGGCUGAGCCGAUCGAAUAAUUUUUACCGGCUAAUCUUUUCGAUGUUAGUACGAUUCACUGAAGGCUUUUCCGUUUCGUUUAUUACUUUCAUUAUCAUUGCAAGACUUUGGUAGAAGAAAAAAGUUUCCUAAGUGAUUUGUCGGAUGUAUAACGAAAAUAACAAGUAAAGUAUGCAUCGGGCAUUGAGCUUUCUGAGACCCUCUAUAGGGCAACUUACUCAAUUCAGGAAGCUCGCGGAUAAUCGAGAAAAAAUCAAAUAUGGAGAAAAUUAUGUACAACCCCGCUCCCGGCCUCGUAUAUUUCUCGCUCGAAAAUUUCUUGAGUUCGUCGAAGGCUAUGAGAAGCUUAUGCAAAAACACACGCCAACAAUCUUUGAUGUGUACAAUAGCCUUGGAUCAGGAACAAAACUGUUGUAUAAAGACAUACAAAUGUAUCUCACCGUUUCAAAAGAACUUAAAAACGGGAAGCCAGUUGACAAAUUAUCGCGAGAGCAACUAGAAGUUUUUUACAAGGUUCCUAAGGAUAUGAUACACGUUGCUCCCAUACUGAUCAUUUGCGCGAUGCCGCUAACAAACUACUUCAUUUUCCCACUGUUGUAUGCUUUUCCCAAACAGCUACUGUCGUCACAAUUUUGGACUCAGCGUCAGUUGAGAUACUUUGAGCUUGAACGGCACCUUAAAAGGGUUCAGUACCACGAUUCGAUUCUGUACCAUUUAGACAAGAGCGAAACUAGCGAGAGUGAGCUUCAACAAAAGAAACAACAAAUAGUGAAAAAACUUCGUUCUGGCCUGCAUCCUACUGUGGAGGAAAUUCUCGAAAUCAAACCGCUGUUUCAAGAUGGACAUAGCCUAGCUCUUCAUAACAUCCCCUAUGGACACCUGCGUGCCCUAAGUUUAUCGCAAGGUCUUCGCUAUGGAAGUUUUAUGCCGUACGGAAAAUUGUGGAGGUUUGGUGGCUUUGUUUGGGAGAUAGAUCGCGCACUAGUUAGAGAAGGUCCCCUAGAAUCUCUGAGCGAUGAUGAUAUUGCGAGAUGCUGUCUGACUCGCGGUUUUAAUCCGCUAGGAGCUUCAAGAACCGAAGCCGAAGAGUUCCUUGACAAGUGGCUAACAGCUUCGCUACAACUGAAAGAACGCGAGCUGUCGUUGCUGCUUCACAUGCCAAUUUUCUUAGCGUACAAUCACCGCAACAACUUUGGCGUCCUCCUAAUGCCGCCAAACAAUGAAAAGCGGCAGCUUCCUUCGACGAAGACACUGGCAAGUGGCGAAGUCUUCAGUAACGGGGGUAACAACGAAGCGGUAGAUUCGAAGACAAAGCACCAAUCACCGAAAGCAACGAGUCGACUUAAAAAACGCGCAAUUCUAUAGAAAGAGAAAGAGACGGAGAGUUUUUCCGUUUUCUUCUGUGAAAGGUUAGCUCGAUAGGGUUGAUUCUGGCGAUGGACCGUUUCGGCGGGUCGAUUUUGCUUCAUCUUAUUUACCUGCCUGGUCACUGCGGUCUGUGUUUCAGUUACUGCUACUAGUACUACUCUUACCAGCACAGCGUUGCGUUUCCUUUUUGUUGCACUGGAUAACCGAUAGCGAUAAAAGGAGAAAAAAGCGAAACAUGAUUUCAGAAUGCUGACUGGGUAGCAGUACUGUGGUGUGUACUGGCAUCGGUCAUUCUGAUAUCAAUGCAGUUGUACAGUCGUUGCUAAAAAACGUCAAUGGAGAUGACAACGACUAAAGGCAGACACAAGGAGUAAACGUCUACCCAGAGGUGGGACGCUACUGCAUCGAAGAUCGAUUCAACAAAGCUAAAAAACAUAUCCAGUGAAAAACAGAGACAGGAGGGCAGGGAAAAAACAGCAGCGAACUUUAAUUGUCAGAAACUAACUUUUCGACUGUACGAUUCACAAAGACUUUCUUGCACAGACAGAAAGAAGGCUAAUGAUCAAAAAUGGGAAAAUACAUUAAUCGCGUAUUUAGACUGUCUAUUUCAGUGCUGUGGAGUGACGCCACACAAUUCGGUUUACAUCAGUAAUUAAAUGUAUUGUAUUUUUCGCAUUUCAAGGUACACAUGAUAGUAGCUGGAUUGGAUUGCAUGGUGCUCGCGAUAAGAGAAAUUAAUUUUAGUAUAGUAACCCCCCAAAUCGCGUCUUGUAGUCAUUAGCAUAAAUUGUCUGUUUAAAAAAAAAAAACUGUUCGUCAAUAGUUGAUAUACGUGUAAAAGACUAACCCCUCAAAAACAAAUUAUGUAAUAUAUCAGGUUAUCCAACAUGUGUGGUGAAAGGAAGACAUUUUUGGAGAAAUCUUCUAUUGAAGGUAAGUGUUCCGAUUCCGUCACUUGAAUUAAUGCUUGAACAACAGAAUUUAGAACUUCGAUUUCCUACCUUAUACGUGUGCUUGACACUAAUUAAACGGUACUAUAUAUUACUCGAGCAACGGA